UUGGUUUUUGUAUAUUUUUUGCAACUGCUAAGUCUACGAAUAUGAUUAAUCCUCGUGUAGUGGGUAUAUCCUCAACAAAGGAAAUUGAUUUCGUAAUAUUUUUAUGACGUGUAAUUCAACCGACGCAUUACUAACCGUUGCUAAUCGUUCUAGGUACACUAGUCAAUAAUAGUGGCAUAGUGCCUAGAUAAAUAAAUUUAACCGCUAUACAGAACAAAUUCGUCAAACUUAGAUGAUAUUAAUAACUACGAUGUUCGUCUUUAAUAAAUUAUAAAAUUGUGGUAAUAUUUUGCACACUGGUGACCGAUGAUGAAAACUUUCGAUGAGAACUAAAAAAUACUUUAGUAGAAACCUUGCACAUCCGGUGGAAGUGCAGCCCUUUGUAAUCUUGACACGUGUUUCCAAGUUUUAAGCACGAGUUGUAAGGCCGGAGGGACAUUUGUAAAAAACGAUAGACGUGUGUGUGUAUGUCGUGUACGCGUCGUAUGCAGCGCGGGCUCUGCUGAAACUCCGCAGAGUCGCAGUAUUAAUCGUUAGCGAAUUCACACACUUACACAUAUGUUGUCACUUGUCUCGUCGCUGGGUUGGUGGUGGCGCGUACGAUUUAUAUUUUUAUUCGUCCACAUUGUCGUUCGCCAUCAGGUAGGCGCACACGAUUUGGAUGAAAGAAAUACAAUCGUACGCGCUUAAAAAAAACCUUAGUUCACGUUUUAGGUGACGGCGAGUGUGUAUUUGUGUGUAUGUUACUACGGCAUCGGUGGCGACAGUUACGCAUAGUAGCCCCACGUGUGUGACGCAGUGCACGAAACACAUUAUCGCGUUUGACGUUUUUUACGUUCAUUUUUUUUUUCAUCCAAUUGCCUUCCGCCGGAAUGGUUUCGCCCAGUGAUUAUUUCUUUAGUAAUCUGAGGUCGCGUGCGUUUAGUUGUGUUUGUUUAUCUGGAAAAACUUUUUUUUUCUUUUUAGAACAAUAAAAUAAAUUCAGAUUAUAGAUAAAUAAUAAUAAUAUACUACUAUUUUAUUUAAUACGUGCGUAAUGGUACAGCAGCAACUGCGGCAGCGGGGCAGAGCUCUGCUGCACCAUUGUGUUGUUUAUGUUAUUAUUACAUGUAUAUAGUGUGACCCGUGUGUUCGAUUUUUUUCUCCGUGUUUAAUAUAUUAUAUUAUGUGCGUUUUAAUUUAAUGGGUUUUUAUCUCCGACAACAGCCUCAGGGGUUCCCCGCUACACCCGCGCCAGCUACCGCUCGACGACGCCGUGCACCUGUGUCUAGCUGACUCGUUCACUUGCUUACGGGCAUACGCACGACGCACGAUAAUAUUAUUAUUAUUAUUAUAUAGUGUUUGUUGUUGUCGUCGAUUUAGAAGUAUAGUAACAGUUGCAUAAAGCGAAUACGAUAUUUCGUCAUCUCUUGGGGAUCACAUGUGGUCGUGUGCCGUCGACUUCAGUCUUUGCAGUUGUAGUAAACUAGAUCAUUAUGGAAUCUCCACAAGAAGAAAAUGUGUCAUUAGAUUUUGGCACAACAACCAAGGGAGAAGAGUAUCUUUUGUCGGUAUCCACUGGUUUUUACGAGGAAGAAUUUGACGACGACGAAGUAUUUUUGGACGAUUCACAAAGUAUUGAUAUGGAAUCAUUAUCGGAAAUUCCAACCCGUGUUCGUAGAACUUCAGAUGUUAUUGACUGUGUUGGCGGAACUAUGUCUCCAGCACAUAUUAAACGUCAUAGUUUUCCAUCAGCAUCUGGUGAGGUUACGUAUUCAGCUACAUCACAAGCUACAAACAUCACAGAUCUAAAUCGAUCUAGGCGUACUGAGCUGACAACAGAAUCAGUUGAUCUUGGCUAUAGUAGCCCUGGUGCACAGUCUUCUUCGGGCAGAUCUAUUAAAGGAACAUGGUUCAGGUUUAGUAACAGUAAUGAUCCUGAUUCUGUUGAUGCUCGACCAACUCACAUAUUAGAUGAAGAACAAACAUCAAAUUCAAACAGCAAACUAAGUCCUGGUUUCAAGAAAUCUGGCGAAGAGAUUAGAAUGCCUGUAACUAAAGAUGCUACAUGUUAUAAUAUGGAUCAUGAAUAUCGGGGUAUCGCUGUUAUCAUAAACAAUGAUGUUUUUGAAGGACCUGCACAGAGUUUACCUGAGCGGAAAGGUUCAUGGAAAGAUGUUGAAGAGUUGAAAACAAUGUUCUAUCGUUUAGAUUUUAGUGUUUUGGUUUGGAAUAACUUGUAUCACGAAGAAUUGACUCGUCGUUUGAAUGAAUUGGCUAAUGAUGAUCAUUCUCAAAGUGAUUGUCUUGCUAUUGUUGUGUUGACUCAUGGGAUCAGUUCAUCAUUUAUUUAUGCCAAAGACAAUCCAUACCCAGUUGAAUUUUUGUGGAAUUCAUUUACACCUGAUAAAUGCCGUACACUGGCUGGAAAACCUAAAAUGUUUUUUGUACAGGCAUGUCGCGGAGAAAGGCUUGAUCCUGGUAUUACAUUGCGUAGAGAAGUAGAAACUGAAGUAGAUUCUUCCAAUGCCUCAUACAAAAUUCCUAAACAUGCAGAUUUCUUGAUUACUUUCAGCACUUACGAUGGUUAUUAUUCGUUCAGGCAUCCUGAGAACGGCACAUGGUUUAUUCAAAGUCUUUGUAUUGAAAUGAACAAACAUGAUCUUAGCAACAAUGAUUUGUUAGGAAUUAUGACUCGUGUGUCUAGACGAGUUGCUUUGGAUCAUGAAUCUUACAAUCCAGAUCACCCAUGGCUACAUAAGCAAAAGCAGAUACCCACCAUUCACUCGAUGCUCAUUAGAGAUGUGUUUUUUAAGCCUAAAAAUAAACCUCCUCCCGAACCAGUUAUUUUACAAAAUAUCGUUAGCUGAGUAAAAUUAUACUUGAAGCUAGAAAAUAGAAACCGACUAUGAAAACAAAAACAACAGCAACUAUUACGUGUGCACAAUAAUGUAAUUUACCAGUGUGAAAUUAUAUAGUUCAAUAAGUGCGUACCCAUAAGUGUUCAAAAAUUUUAAAUUAUAAGAAUUCUAAAUUUUGUGAUAAGAAAAUGUCUUUUUAAGACUGAAUCGAUUUUGAUUAACAAUUAUUUUUUUGAGAAAAAAAAUUGAUCUUCAUAUUUUUCGGUAUUGUUUUUUUGUUAAACAUUUAUUGUUAUUUUUAUCAACAAUAAUUAACAUUCUUCAUUUAGCUUUAAUAAUAUCAAUAUUUCUACUAACUUUAAAUCUGUGCAAUGAAUUUUAAUUUAUUUCAAAAUUAUUUCGGAUUGAAAGAUUUCUAAAUUUUAAUUGACAUACUUAAUUUUCAUUCAACUAUCUUUGUUGAAAAUUUGAACAAAAUCAUACUACAGCUAAUUGCCAAUUAUUCAAACCAAGAGUAUUUGCUCAGCUAUAUAUUAUUAAUUAAAAAAAGUAUUAUUUUUUUUUUUAAGUUUAAAGUAUUUUAGACAUUUUUAAUUAUUACUGUUAUCGGGCAUUAAAACUGCCCAUUGCAUAUGUCUUUCAUAAAUUAAAUGUUAAGUAUUAUUUAAUGUUUUUUUUUAUACAAUAUAUAAAAUAUGUGAAAAAGUGAUAUUGUCGCAUUUAGUAAAUAUUUAAAACAAAUAUUUAGUUAAAAAUUUUUUUUCUAUUUAUAUCAUUUUUAGCAUUUUGUUGCUUUUGAGUUUAGCACAUUUAUUAUAAUUCUUAUUUUUAGUUAUAUUAUUACAUGUUAUACUGCCUAUAGUAUUUUUCAUACUUCUUUUUGUUAUUAUAAUUUUUUUAAUUGGAGGACAUUAUAUUUAUUAUUUCUUGUGUACUAUUGUUGCAUUAUUUUGAUGAUAUGCAAUUUAAGUAUUUGACUACUCAAAAUAAAAAUUGUAAAUCUGAUUUUUUUUUUUAAUUUAUACAUAAAUAUAUACAUAUAAAUUUGAUCUUGGGAACUGAAUAAUGUUGUACUUGAUUUAUAAUUAAACUAGUACUUCAUUUUGUGAUUUAUUGAUCUCUCCCAUCUAGUUCAAAUAUAUAAUUAUAUAUUUUUUUUUAUUAUUAUUAUUAUUAUUCAUUAUAUAACUAAUCAUAAGCAAUUAAAAGACAAAUCAUAAAUUUGUCAUUAAAUUAAAUUUAAAUUCAUACUACAACAAACCCUUUUCAUUUUAAUUUAAAAUUCACAAACAUGUAUUUUCAUUUAUUCUAAGUUUGCGUAUUAUAUUAAUAAUCUAUUUUAUAUAUUUAUACAUACAUGGUCUAUAUCAUAAUGUCUUUUGUUAUGUGUAUUCAUGUGUUCUAGGGAUGUCUAAUUUUGUAGACAUUUUUUAGCUAAAAGAUAGUUAUAAAGACUCAAUUUAAAUUAUUUUUUUAUACUAUGUAUUUUAUAUUGUAUAUAAUAAGAGAAAUAUAAUAAUUUUUAUUUUUUCACCAGUUAUUGACAUGAUCAAGUAUUCAAGUAUGUUAUCAAUAAUAUAUACUGUGCUUGGGUAAAGUUUUUAGUAUUCUAUUUUUAUUCCAUGAUAUUGAAAAUUUGUAUUGUAUUGCCAUAAUUCAAAAUUAUGGUUUUAAAGUAUGUGUUCGUUUUUGAUAUUACAUUAAUGCAUUUCUUAUUUGAUUCACAUGAUUAUAUAAUGUAUUACAUUAAAUAAAUUGUAAAAAUUAUUUUUUGUACUUUAGUUUUUUAAUCUUGCAAUAUGAGUACAAUAGUUUUUUGUAUAUAAGUAAAAUUAGUUAGUGUGGUUUUUUUAAUUUCAAAAUGUUUGUAUUAAAAAUGAACUUGACAUUUUUUACUUUGUUACAUUAAAUGAUUUAUAUAAUUAUAAACAAUGUAAUAGCUUUUGGCGUUAUUGCCUUUUCUCUGGUGUGUAUUACAAUUGGGUCUAUGUUAGUGUUAAAUUCUUAGUAAAUACUUGUUUGAUUUUUCUUUUUGGAUGUCACUAUAUUAGAGUAUUUUUAGUAUUUCAACCCGUUCACUGUGUCUGACAUCAUUUUGAGUAUAAUUAAUUAUAUUUCUUUAAUGAGCUAAGCUGCUUUUCUACUUGAUUUACAGCUAAUGAUAUCAAAGCACAUUAAAAGCUUAAAAGUGUUUUUUUAA